AAAAAAAAGGUCAAGUUGUGAUGCGUUCUUUUAAUUUGCAUUUUUACACAUUUAAUCGGUAGAUAGUUAGUGAAAAAUUAAUCAGGGACUUGGCGAAAGGAUGGAGGAAGAAGAUCCAAUCGUUGAGGAAAUUCCUGUGUAUUUAUCCAAAUCCUUAGCAGAAAAUCUGUACAUUUUCCAAUUUUCCACUAAAGAUGCUCAUUACACCAUUGAUUGCAACGAUGUGGUCAAUAGCUGUGCAAAGCCACACAAUCAACAGGUGAAGGUGGAUUUUGGCCUGGAGACAAAGUCUCGGAAUUACGAUGAAUUCAGGGGAGCACAGUUGGCUGUGGGAGCGGAUGGAAAGAAUCCCUCAAAGGGUGACCGCCCAUCCUUCCCGAGUGGCACAAUGGACAAAAUGAGCUUUGUCAGCUCAAAAUCAGUCCAGAAAUCAGGAAACUUUGUGAUAGGUGUAAUGCAGGAUCGUGAAAUCCACACAACACCCCUCCAGGGCAUCCUCCAGAUGCGCCCGUCAUUCUCCUACUUUGACAAACAGGACGCCCGACGGCGUGCUGAGCAAAAGAAUGACACCGAUGUGGAGGCUGAGGAGGAAAUGAAGCAAGUUACCGUACGAUUCGCCCGGAGUGAUAGUGAAAAAUCCCGGAAGGCGCGAGAGAAGACUUUUGACUUUAUGGCCGCCCGGGAGGCUGAGGAGCCGUGGUGUGAGACAUUCUGGCACCCAACUGGCUCCACGGCCGUUGAGCUGGAACGCACAAAGUUAUUUUGCACCAAAACAGCCCCCACGGGACACGCCCUGACCGCCACGAGCAAUGACUACGUGCGAGCGCUCAUCCCACGCGAGGGGAAUGACAAAUCCGUGGAAACAAUCGUUCCCAGUGGCAUUGUUAGUCUGUAUCAGAUGAAGGAAAUGGGGCUGCAAGAACAGAUAAAGAAUAUCCUCAUUGACGUUAAAAUGGUGUCUCUAUCGCAACUCCUGGCCAUCCUGAAUGAUCGGAACAUCACGGAGGAGAAGGUUGUACGUAUCCUGCCACUCAUUGGGCUCCUCAUACGUGGAAAUUGGGUGAUUCAGUCGGAAGUGCUGUAUCCUGCGGAAUCCUUCUCCAGCACCAAUGGCAUCCCAAGUGAGGUGAUGUGCCGGAGUCGGGACUACGUUCUCUACCAGCUCGUGCGGCGGAACUUUGUGGAUAGGCAGAAGAUUGGGGUGGUUAUUCAACUUCCCCCGGAGGAGGUGAAGGAAAUCCUCAUGUCUGUGGCGCAGGUGUCAUCGCGCGGAUGGGAACUACCCCUAAUGCCGGAUGUGCGCUUUGAGAGUAAAUAUCCGGAACUUGUGCAACGGCAGGAGAUGUUCUGGCGCAGCAAGGAGGACCUCUUCAGUGAGAUGGAAUCCGAAAAAGUGCCAAAGCGUGUACGGAAGAGAUCCAUUAGAGAGCCCAGCAAAGUACCAGCCGUCAAUGGCAUGGUGUGAGAGAGAGAGAAUGAAAGACAAACUGGAAUGCUUCCCCGAGGGAAUAAAUAAAUAAACAAUUCCUGAGGAAGUCUGUUAAAAAAAA